AAAUAUUAUUGUCUGUGAUUACUCUAUAUUUUUAUAGUAAUUACUUUGAGCGUAAGCAAAACAACCGGUUGAUCAGUUAGAGUAUAAAUCAUCCUCGCCGUCUGCGUUGACCCUGAACCGAACGAAUAUCUUGUUUUCGUGAUCCGUCUACCGACCAAUAAAUAUUUCACUAUCUACGUUAAUUGUAAGGACGGAACCUGGCAAAUCUAUAAGAAGUGCAAGUGUACAACUCAAGUUUGAAUCAACCGUAAAGAAUUUUAAUUACCGUCAUGUCGAAACCGAAGGUAUUCAUUGCAAUGAAAGGCGUCCCAGAAGUCGCAAUUAAUUUACUUCGUAAACGGUUUGAAGUUGAAAUAUGCGAGUCUAUUCAAUCAACAAAAGAAGAGAUGUUAAAAAAAAUACCGGGAUUCUUUGGGAUAUUCUGUUGUCCAUCAAUCAUGAUUAAUGAAGAAGUUAUGAAAGCUGCAGGACCAAGUUUAAAAGUUAUUGGAACCAUGUCUGUUGGAUACGAUCAUGUAAAUUUACCUGUAAUGAAAACUAAUGGUAUUCGCUUGGGAUAUACACCAGAUGUUUUAACUGAAACAGUAGCAGAAACAACUGUUGGAUUGUUAAUAUCAACAACAAGAAGAUUUUUUGAAGCAAACCAUGCUGUGAAAACAGGUGGAUGGAAAAAUUGGACCCCUACCUGGAUGUGUGGUAAAGGUAUUAAAAAUUCUGUUGUUGGCAUUAUUGGCUGUGGAAAUAUUGGAACUUCAAUUGCAAAAAAGUUAGUUACAUUUGAAAUAUCACAAUUGCUGUACACUAGUAGAAGUGAAAAACCUGCAGUUAAAGCACUUGGAGGGAAAUUAGUUACAGUCGACGAACUUGUUGAAAAAAGUGAUUUCAUAAUAUUAGCCAUUGCUUUAAAUGAAGACACAAAAUUUAUAAUAAAUGGAGAACGCCUUGCUAAAAUGAAAUCUCAUGCCAUAUUGGUGAACAUUGGUCGUGGAGGGCUUAUCGACCAAGAUGAAUUGAUAAAAGCAUUACAAGAAAAAAGGAUUGGAGGAGCAGGUCUUGAUGUAAUGACACCUGAGCCAUUACCACUUGAUAAUCCUUUGAUGAAAAUGGACAAUGUUGUGCUAUUACCUCACAUUGGAAGUGCUUCCAUUGAAACUCGGAUAGAAAUGGCUUUAAUCACCGCUAAUAAUAUCAUUGCUGUAUUGGACAAUAAACCUAUGCCAAAUGAAGUACACUGUUAGUUUAUAAGUUAUUUAAUCAUUAAAAAUAUUUUUAAAACUGUACAUGGAUGGCUCAUACCUAUAUACAUACUUGAUUUAUUGCAAAAUAUUUACAUAUCUUAAAAAAAUAGCUUGAGUUAUAUUUACAUUUUUAUUUUA